CGCAACACUUGCCGUAGCUUUUUUACGUAGAGCUGUGUUGUGGCUGGGAGGCGAGAGGAGUUUGCUGUUUCACGUGUUGUUGUUUCUAACAACCACAGCCUUUAAAUAGAGAUCAGAGCUCACUGAUAUCGGUUUCUGUAAAAUGAUGGAUAAUUAGUCUCUUCGCUUUGAACCCGGAAUCGCAGCUAUGGAGUUUCUCCCAGUGCUUGAGCCACUGGAUAAACCCAAACAAGGCAUGUGGUAUUCUUUAAUACCCAGGGGGGGUGCUCCAGGUGUCGGUGUAGGUCACACCUGCACAUUUAUUUCAUCUGGAGACGGAGGCAGAGGAAGAAUCCUGAUCGUUGGGGGAGCCAACCCCAGUGGAAGUUUCUCAGAUUCACAUUUCAUAAAUCUAGAUAAUCAUGAAUGGGACAUUCCGGAGUGGGAGGGAUUGGAGGCACGAUAUGAACACUGCAGCUUUGUGCCAGAGAGCUGCCCACAGAGCCUGUGGGUGUUCGGGGGGGCACAGUCGAGUGGCAAUCGCAGUUGCAUCCAGAAAUUACAGCUCACAGACAGUGGCGCUCACUGGAAAGACAUUUCAGUAAACGGGACGCCCCCUAGUCCGAGGACAUACCACACCAACUCAGCCUGUCUCGGGGACACAUUGUAUGUCUUCUCUGGAGGUGAAGCAGGAGCUUCCCCUGUGUCCGACCAAAAACUUCAUGUCUUCGAUUCAGUGUCUUUCACCUGGUCCCAACCAGAAACACAAGGCAGACACCCACCAGCCAGACACGGCCACAUUAUUGUAGCAGUUGGUUCGAAGAUCUACUUUCACGGAGGCAUGGCUGGAGAAAAAUUCCACAAUGACAUGUACUCUCUCGACAUAGGGAGUAUGAAGUGGGAGAAAGUGCAGACCAAAGGGGAUAUCCCACCUGGAAUGGCAGCCCACUCGGCAGUGGUGCUGGGAAAGAACAUCUACAUCUUUGGAGGGAUGAAUAAGGAUGGUGCCAGCAACUCCAUGCACAGAUUCAACACAGAAAAAAGUAGAUGGUCCCUAAUGAAGUUCAAAGGAGAUAUGCCACCAAAUCGCUUGGACCACUCCAUGUGUUUGUUGCCCUGGAAGGUGCAUGAAGAAGAGCAGGUCGACCGCCCUGCUGCAUCGGAGACAAUACAUCUGGCCUUUGUAUUUGGAGGGAUGGACACAACAGGUGUCAUACAUAAUGACUGUAUUGUGACUGUUGUGACAUGAUUGUAAUAUUAAUUCACUCAAAUUGUAAUAAAGUGUUUUGACUCCAUUAUUGAGAACCUUACAAAUGGUUAAGAUGUUUCGAAACCUUAUUUACAUAUUAAUAUGAACAUUGUUUAGCAAAUACUGACUAUAGAGUCCUGUGAUAAAGCUGGAUUUUUAUUUAUUUGAGCCAGUCAUCAAUGUUUGUCAGUAUUUAUGCAAAGAAUUGUACCCUAUAAUCAUAAAUGAAUGCAUGAGACAACUUUUUAUAUAUCAAACAUUUAUUUCAAUGUCUUUCCCGAAGUACAAUGACCAGAUUCAAUAAAUAACUUUUUAUAAUUG